AUGCUGAAGUAUUUCUUAUACGCCAUCAUUGCUUUGGCUCUUUGGGAGCCCCAUGCUCAGGGACAGCACUUUUCGCAAGGCCAAAGUCCAGUGGCCCUUCCGCAACCAAUGCUAGCUGGUCAGAUUGCUGCACACCAGCAGCAAUGGUUCACAUACACUUCCAUAAAAGAAGCUGAAACUCAGAAGAAAAUCGACAAGUUGGACAGCCUCAUAGAACACCAAUUGCGGGCGGUACAAAUCAAGAUGGGUAUUGAGCUGCAGGCGCUACGAAAUCUUAUGCAGUAUACGUCGGAAGAACAUCAGGAGAAAAUGAAAGCUUUCCAGAGGAUCAACCAGUCACUCUUCGAACAGAUUGGAUCUCGUUUAUUUUACAUUGAGAGAAAACAACCAUAUCAUGACAUUAAGUAG